AGUGUCACUUAUUAGUGUAGUGCUCUACACUCUACUCACUAUCCAUUCCAACAUACGAUUCACUUUCAUUCUGGCCUUUGCUAAAAAGUGUAUCUCUCUUCAAUUUUUUCAUCAAUAUAUUACAAACCAUCAACUACCAAACCAAGAAUAUUAAGUAUCAAAGGAUAUUUGCGGUUUGCAUACAUAUCAUCACAGCAGUUGACAUAUCUACGCAAUUGGAAGUAUUUUUCAUCGACAUAAGAAGAACCAUCCUAUUGCUAUACAAACAUUUGAACUACAGAUUCUAAUAAUAACAUUAUCAUUUUUGAGAUUGUUGUGAUACUUUUCAAUCAUGUUAACUAAUCAAUUUUUCGCUUAUUUCAUUUUUACUUUUUUGGUGUUGGUAGAUAUAUCUUACUGUCUUAAUGAUUUUAGAUGUCCUAGACAAAUACUUGGUAUUUUUGCAGUAGAUGAGUCAAAUUAUUGGAAAGCUGAGAAUAUACCUUAUGAAGGAUCUAUAGGAGAUAGUACACCAAGUAGAUUUUGGGCACCAAAUCAGAUAUUUUUAGAACGAACCAGGCCUGGUGUCACUACUAAUAGAGUUAUUGUGUCCUGCGUUCAAAUUACACCGGAAGUUCUUGCUAAAAGUAACAGAAGACGCGACGGACACAAUUUUAUCCCGGCAAGAAUCUUUAGCGAAAUCAUCAACGGUGUGACAUAUAAAGACCACGCGGGACAUAUUAUAGCCCAUAAAUUGGGUGGUUCUUAUCAUGAUCAGAAUAUUAUAUCACAGAACCCUAAUUGUAAUAACGGUUAUUGGAGUCAUCACGUUGAAGGUAUUAUUGAUGUGUCUGCCAAUUACGCGGGUAAAGAAAUAUAUUACGGCGUUAAGGCGACAUAUGCCAUGAAUGAUAAAAAUGAUUUUCCCACUAGACCAGUGAAACUCGAAUCGAAAAUAUUUAUUAAAGAAGGGAAUUUGUUUAAACUCAUAGGUUCUUCAGUUGUAAAAAAUCCUCCUCCCUCAAACCCUUGUAAAAUUAUUUGUAACGAUUUUUUUCCGGUUGAUUUAAAAUAUUUAGAUGACCCGCAAAAACAAUGUAAACGGCAAUCAGAUCAGUCUGGAAAAUGUUGGGCUUCAUGUUGAGUAAUAAACAAAUACAUUGUGCCAUUAUUUAAGAUACCUAUAAUAUAUAAUUGUUAUCAUUGUUAUAAUUGUUUUAAAAUAUUCUGGUAUAUUAUAAUACAAUUGUAAUUAACAAUAUAUACACAUUAUACAAUAUAGAUACAUACAUUUGCAUAUAAAUCUACUCCCCAGUCAUAUUGAUAUUACAGGUGAGGAAGUUGGUGAAAUGGUUUGAAAAUUAUAUUUUUCGAAAACCACCUAUUAAGUUGGAAUUAUGUACAUGUUAGUGGACUGAUUUUAAAAUUUAAAAUAAUAAAUAUUAAAUUUUUACACCAAUUAUAUGUAUGAUUUUAAAGAUUAUUUUUUGGAAGUCGAUUACCUAGACUUGCUUACAUCGAUCAUAAACAUAAUUUUAUGUACGUGUGAUCCAGUACACGCAGAAGAAAAUACGACAAAAAAAAAAAAUAAAAAUAAAAAAUUUUAGUUAAAGUUAAGAUUUUGAAUAGUUUUGAUAUUUUAAAUUGUAUUGAAGAAAAAUAUAUUUUUGUUGUACUUUUCUAUUUAACAUGCCACAUUAUAUUGCGUUCUUAGGUAUAAU